CUCGUUCCCACGACCUAUCUUUAUUCACAGGGACCUUCUGCUUCUGCUGCAGUUAUUUCGCAGAUGAUAGUUAAUUGACAAGAGUCAAUUUUUUGCAACGAUGUUGUCCCUUCUGGUCGUCGUCUUCCUGAUCCAGCUCUUCUGCCACCUCAUCUUGACCAUCGGCUCCAAACCGAUUAACGACCUGUUAUGGCAAAUCUACUGUCGACUCCCUAUACAGUCUUCGCGCGACAUUCAAGAACAAAUCCGCCUGCGCAAGGAAGUGGUUCGAUUAAAGCGAGAAAUGAACGCAAUCAGCGCGCAGGAUGAGUUUUCGAGGUGGGCGAAGGUACGGCGACAACACGACAAGGCUAUGGCAGACCAUGAUCAGAAAGCUGCCGCCGUUUCAUCAUCUCGAGCCUCAUUCGACACCAAAGCAACUGCUAUCCGUUGGCUAUGCACAAGUGGGUUGCGGUUUGGUCUACAAUUUUGGCACGCCAAAACGCCAGUGUUCACAUAUCCUCGCGGCUGGUUCCCAUGGUAUAUCGAGUGGCUGUUGGGGUUUCCUAGGUGUCCCUACGGAGGCGUGAGCAUCAACGUCUGGAGCAUGGCAUGCGCAACAGUCAUUGCGUUAGUCUGGGACGUGACAAUCUACGCGAUACAAUAUGUCCAAGAGAUGAAAGGUGGCCAGAAAGUGAAGAGGCCAAUUCCUAUCACGGCCAUGGAAAAGAGCAAAUGACAAAUGAGAAUUCAGAGAAUGCUCGUGAAACAAAAUGAGGAUAUUGUAAUGCUUCAUCAGAGAUAUUUAAUCGUUGAUCGUCACUGACCAGCCAUG